CGGAGCCGCCCAGCUCGCCCGCCCGCCGGCGAGCGAGCACGUCCAGGCUGCUGGAAAGGGCGAGCGGCUUGCGCUUGAUCAAGGUUGAUCUGUACUUCAAGCUCUUUCCCUUUGAGGAUCUCCUCUCCAGCUAUAAUGAUGUGGUUCUUGGAAAAGAUCAGAGCGUCACAUGAAAAUGGAAACUUCUCCAGCUCCUCUUUCCUGGGACUCCCACCUGGCCAAAACCUGCCAGAAAAAGCUCGACUGGGGGCUGCUGCUUUUCCCAAUGUGCUAACCCCAGACAGAAUACCUGAAUUCUGCAUUCCCCCCAGACUGAGCAGUUCUGCUGCUAUUAAGGGCCCUGGCUCCCAUCAGGACCACAUUUUGGAGGAUGCAGAUCUUGAUUCCUCUGACUGCAGCUCCAGCCCUUCUCUGCCACAUUUGAUCCAGGUGGAAAGUGCUGAAGAGAUCCCAGCCCUGGAAGAAGCAAGCACCAACUCAGACCCACAGUCCCAGGCAGCACUCUCCCUGCCCCAUUUUCCCCGAGCCUCCACUUCGUAUGGUUUCUGCACUCUGCUGGAGAGUCCCCACACCAGGAGGAAGGAGUCCAUCUUCCACGGUGAUGCAUAUGGUGCCCUGCCCAGCCUGAUGCUGCCCCGCUCCAGAGCUAACACAUUCGGUGGCAAGGGGAAUAUGUCUAAUCCCAUUGCUAUAAGCUUUGCUUCUGUGAGGCUGCCUCCCAAGCACCUGCCUCUGCAUAGGCAAGGCACCUGUGACAGCGACACUGCCUCCUCCAGUGAUUCCUCUCCUUUCAGUUCUCCACUCCUCAGCAGAUCUCCUCCCAGAUCCUGCUCCCUGAUCAAAACGCAGAGCCAGGAGGGAUUGCUGUGCCGAGCACUGAAAGCCAAGAACAAAUCCAGCAUGGUCAGGAACAAUUCCCUGUCUACAGAGGAGAGCAGCUCCACUGAUAACAGCCCCAGCGCCAUCAGGCGGGCUUCAGAGGGGCUUCUUGCUGCACGGAGCUUUAGCAUGUCCUGUUCUCCCAUAUUCCCCCUGGACCUUACCCCCAGCCGAGAGAGACUGGUGGGGGAAAGCACGGUACUAAUGGACCAGGGAGGCAAGGUGAGACUCUCGGCUGAAUACUGCUCAGAAAACAAAAGGCUGCGGAUCCGCCUGAUCAGUGCAGAGGGUUUAUAUGAUGACUGUGUAGAGCCCAAAAACAUAAACUGCUGUAUCACCUUCUCCCUGGUGCCAGGGAAAACACAGAAGCAGAGAAGCACUGUCAUAAAGAGAAGCAGAAAUCCCAUCUUUAAUGAGGACUUCUUUUUUGAUGGCAUUGCAGAAGAAGAGCUAUACAACCUCUCUGUGAGGAUGAAAGCAAUGAAUAAAAGGUGCAAUAUGAAAAGGGAUUACACUCUAGGAGAACGAGAGUUGUCUUUAAUGAAUAUAUUGUCCAUGUAAUGCUUUAAA